UCAGAAACUAUUAACGCCUGACAAAGAAAAGAGCACUGGUCACAUAAGAGGAGCCCCCAAACAUGAAGAGGUCAGGUCAGCGCUUCCUGGUAACAUUCUUCUGGGUCCUCAGUAUUCUUUGCCAGGCUGAAAACUCAUGCCCAGAGGUGAAGGUGACAGGUCUGGAAUCCUCAGAGAAGGUCCUCAUAAUCCAAGGAUGCUCAGGAGUUCCUGGACCCCCAGGGCCCAAAGGAGAAAGAGGAAUUGCUGGAGAGAGAGGACUGAAGGGUCCUCCAGGAAACCCAGGUAAAGCUGGCCCAACUGGAAGCAAAGGAGAAAAGGGACCCCCAGGGAUGCUAUCUUCCUUUGGGGCAAAGGACCUGGAAAACAUGCUGUGUAAGAAUGGACCAAGAACCUGCAAGGAUCUGCUAGGCCAGGAGAAGAUCCUGAGUGGCUGGUAUACAAUCUACCCCUAUGACUGCACCCCCAUGACUGUGUUGUGUGACAUGGACACUGAUGGUGGAGGAUGGACUGUUUUCCAGAGACGAGCUGAUGGAUCUGUGAAUUUCUUCCGGGACUGGGCUGCAUACAAGAAAGGCUUUGGAACUCAACUAGGGGAAUUUUGGAUGGGCAAUGAAAACCUCUACCGCCUGACAUCUCAGAGAAACAACGAGCUCCGAAUUGACCUCCAAGACUUUGACCAAAACCAAUAUUUUGCCAAAUAUGCAUCAUUCCAGAUUCUAGGAGAGACAGAGAAAUAUAAGCUGAUCCUGGGAAACUUUUUGGAAGGGAAUGCAGGGGACUCAAUGGACUACCACAAAAACAGGCCAUUUAGCACCAAGGACCAGGACAACGAUGAAUCUCCAUCCAGUUGUGCCCAGGAUUUCAAGGGUGCCUGGUGGUUUGGGAACUGCCACCAUGCUAAUCUCAAUGGGCUCUACCACAAAGGAAACCAUGAAAGCUAUGCUGAUGGCAUCAACUGGAAGUCUGGCAAAGAUUACCAUUAUUCUUACAAGAUAUGUGAAAUGAAGUUCAGGCCUGUCUAGCCCAAGAUACGCUGCAGCUAUUGAAAGAAUUCAGGACCAGACUAUUAGAAGAAGGAGCUACAUGAGGAAUUUUUGUUAUUAUUCCCAACCAUAGUGUGCUUGGCCAAGAUGCCACUGCUUUUUAUUGUUUAGGGGGGGGGGGCGGGAUUUAAAGGUAAUUCUACAUAAGUCCUAAAGACAAAGAAUAUCUUCUGCUCAAUUUCCCUACCACCCUCUCCACUUUAUUCCCAUUACCAUUAUCCCAAAGCAAGUCCUCAUCAUCUCCUAUCAAUAUUAUCAUAAUAACCUUGUUAAGUGGUCUCCCUGUCUCAGCAUUCCCCAAUGCCUACAUAGCUAUAAUACAUAUUUCUGCCCCAGAAAUCUUCCCAAAAUACAAUUCUAAUCCUGUUUGAUGUUAGAUGCAUAUACAGCUAGAUGAUUCCAUGGUUAUAACACUGGUCCUGCACCAGGAAGUUUUGUGUUCAAAGCCAGUUUCAGUUGCUAAGUGGCUGUAUAGCUCUGGGCAAGUCAUUAAUAUGUUUGCCUCAGUUUCCUCAAUUAUAAAAUGGAGAUAAUCAUAUAAACUUAGUUCCUACAAGUUUGUCAUGAGAAUCAAAUGAGAUAAUAUUUGCAAAAGCAUUUAGUACAAUGCCUGGCACAUACUAGGUAUUAUAUAAAUGCUUAUUCCUUUCUCUUCUUUCCCUUCCUACUCAAAAACCUAAAAUGGUUUCAGGUUGCCUACCAAAUAAAAGCCUAAUCUCAUUUUAACCUUUGUUUAAUCAUUUUCUUUCAUAUUAUAUCACUAUUGCCUGGUAUGUCUUUUCUGCCCAGUAGAAUUAGAAUCUCAGCUUGAAAGGACCUCAGUGGUCAUCUUGUACUAAAUAUAUCUCUAUCACACAAUGGAUGCGAUGCAUUGGAUAGAGAGCCAAGCCUGGAGUCAGAAUUCAAAUCCAGCCUUAGACACUUAGUAGGAUAAGUCAUUUCACUUCAGUUUAUCCUUAUCUAAAAAACAGGGCUAUUAAUAGCACCUACCUCUCAGGGUCAGUUGUAAGGGUUAAAUUAGCUAAUUUUUGUAAAGUACUCAGAACAUGGUAAGCAAUAUAUAAAUGCUAACUUUAAUACUAUUAGAUUGUCAACUCCCUAAAGACAAACACUAUCUUAUGCCUCUUUCUGUAUCUCUGGUACAUGGCAAAUAGAAAUUUAAUAAAUGUUGAUUGAUCACUACA